AUGACAGUUUCACGACUUUUUCCUCUAGCAUUAGCCUUUGGUGUAGCCUUAAUCAUCGCCAUUUCGACUGUAUUUACUUUCAUAAAUGGUUACAGAGAGGACUUGAUUUAUCAAAUCAAACGAAGAGGACAAACGUUAAAGAAAAACGCUAAGCCUAACGAGGAAGCCACCUCUUCGUACCGGCUUCCGAAGUACAUCCGUCCGAUAUCCUACGACAUUUAUAUUCAUCCGAAUUUGACAACUUUCAAGUUCUCAGGCAAAAUCAAGUUACGGUGUUACAGACAGACGAAAAAAGUGAUGUUACAUGCACAUGAUCUACGGAUCGUCGAAAUAAAGAUUAUGGAUACGAAACAGAAGAGACUGAGAAUUUCACGAGGAAUGCGACACGGGAGAAAACAGCAAUAUGUGAUAAUAAUGAAAGAGGACCUCAAAGAAAUGGCGACUUACGAGCUUUAUCUUGCAUUUAAUGGAGCUUUAUCGGAUGGCCUGGAAGGUUUUUAUAAAAGCAGUUACAAAGCGAGGAGAGGAAACGUAAGGUACGUUAACGUUAGAAUUGUCAAACAAUGCUCCUUUCCUUUCGUUCUAUUGUCGUUAAAGCUUGGAAAAAUGUCGGAAAUGCAGUGACCAAACUAUGCGCUCUGUUUAUUAUUAUCAGGUCUUUCUACAGCUGACCUUUGUUCGUUUGUUGUUAGCUCUAAGCCGCCACAUGCUGUGGGACUAAAACUUAAGGCGGUCAUCACGGAACCUGCACAAUCUGAAACCAGGGUAAAAUAUCAGUCCAAUCGAGCGAUCGAUAUAUCUCCACAGGUAAAGAUAUUUCAGGUUACUUCCUCAGACUGUUUCAUAAAUGAAAAUGAAAGGUCAGUUUGUCUAGGAGUUCGUCAAAGAGGGCUAUGACUGUUAUAGUAAUUACUUUCCCAAUCUGAUUCUUACACAGAAAAACUCUAUCACGCCGAACUCCUUUAUAUUUUGUUCGUGCGUUUUCAGAUAUCUCGCAACAACUCAAUUUGAAGCGACAAAUGCGCGUUCGGCCUUUCCUUGUUUCGACGAGCCUGCGUUCAAGGCCAUCUUUCGCAUCACCAUAGUGCACGAUGACAGUUAUAGGGCACUGUCAAACAUGCCUUUAGAAUCACGUGACAGGAGGUACGAUGGGCUUCUGGAAAGUCAUUUCCGUGCAAGUGCUCCCAUGCCAACAUAUCUGGUGACGUUUAUUGUAUGUGACUUUGAGCACAAGGAAGCAAGCACCAAAAGUGGAAAGACGGUAACAUAGUUAGGUUUCUAAUCAGUCAAUUCCACUGUACAUCUGUAGUGCACUCUUGUUAGCGAAAUGCAUAUUUCAUGACGUGAAACCUUGAUAACUUUUUCGAUGAUAGUAACUGUUAAUUAGAUAUUAUUGAAUUAAUGACGUAGAAUCAGUUUAAGCAAGUGGAUUUUAUUGAUGUUUUCAUUGUUAAACCCAUUUACAGUUGUUAUCCAAAAAUCAUGUUAAAAAAUUAUACAACUUCACUUCUUCAAUUUAAUAAUAAUAAUAAUAAUAAAAUAAAUAAAUACUGGACUCCUGUUAAUACCUAACUUAAUUAUCCCCUACUGUUAUGGGGCGUUUCAAAAGGAACUUUUAACAACGUAAGGGACGAACCAGUACUUCGCAAAUGGGGCCAAGGAUUUGAACUCAGAACUACGGAAAACAAAUCCAGCAAGUGAUAAAGGCGGAACUUGAGCUCGGGCAUCCGAAUUACAAGUCCAGCGCUCUUACCGCUCGGCCACACUACGUCCUGCCUCUUCACCUCCAGCAACAAUUUUCUCUCUUUUAUCGACAGAUAAGAGUGUGGUCCAAACCUGACGCUGUCAACAGUACAGAGUUUGCUCUCAAUGCUGCCGAACACGCCUUGGAGUAUUAUGAGGAAUUUUUCAACAUUUCCUAUCCACUGCCAAAAAUGGGUGAGAAAAGGACUAGGAAAAGGACUUUAAACAUGUGCAAUACGUCACUCUUUGUUUCGUGUUUCAUUUUUACAGCAGUGUCAUUCCCAGUCCAGCCACUUUAAUAUCUAUUCCUAUCAAUUUGAUCCAUAAGCUAUUCUUUCCAAUAAUCUUUAAUCAAUAAUCUUAAGAAAUGACGUCCUAGGAUUGACCCAUUGUGGAUUAACUGGCAAACAAGUGGAGUAUUUGAUGUAAAUUCCACAGACUACACUUCGAACGUCCGAAGAAGAUUGCAGCAGGCUGCAAGCAGCUGAACCUAAGAAACCACAAACAGAGGUGCCGGCGUUUUAUUGUUCUUAGGAGGUUCCUCUAGAGCUGGAUAUCAUGAAUGGUAGAUAUACCGGACCGAAUAAAAACUCAUUUAGAUGGCAUGAAAGUUGCAACAUUCUAAACCAUUCGAUUUAGAGCAGCUAUUCUUGGACUUUUUGACUGUCGAGGCUUUUUAGUUUGUUAGACCAAGGUAAAGCUUCUGUUUCACUUUGUUCAAUUAACUUAAAAAAGAUUGCUCUUCCUUUAUUGCAGAUCUGAUUGCAAUUCCUGACAUGGGCGGCGCUAUGGAAAACUGGGGCAUUAUAACAUUUCGUGAGUCCGCUUUGCUUUUUGACCCGAUAACAGGAAGCGCUGCUGACCAGAAGUUGGUGGCGAUGAUUGUGAACCAUGAAGUUGCGCACCAGGUAGAAUUUUUCAACUGUAUUCCAGGUUCAAAGAAAAAAUUAUUCAAGAGCCAAGCAUUCUUCCCAUCUUUUCUAAAUUAAUGCAGCUGUUAGUUAAUAUAUUAAACAGACUAUCUGAACAAGAAAUGCCCUUAUGACUCCUGUCUUAGCCACACACUUUCUCACCCACACUAAAUCAUUGGAGAAUAUCCUGUAUCCUCGGGUUUGAUGUUGUUGGAUUUUCCUUAUGUUCUACUGACUCCGGUUCGUUGAUAUAUUUUUCCACCAGUCUUCUUUUUUUAAGAAUUGUUUCUUUGCAGUGGUUUGGUAACUUAGUGACCAUGAGCUGGUGGAAUGAUCUCUGGUUGAACGAAGGAUUUGCCGUUUACCUGGAAUAUCUUGCCACUGACGACUUAAACUAUAAAUGGAAACGGGUGAGAGCAAGUACAAACUGAGGUAACAAAAAGCACAAAAUGACAACGAUAAGGUUUUCCUUUCAAAGCUGAAGACGACUAUGAAAUGAUACACUCGCCCAUCCAGUCGAUGGAAAUAAGACUUCCCUUGUAGACACUCAUCGAAAUAAGAACCAAACAACAUUUUCUCAACUAACAUUGAUCACUUUUUGUGAGAGGUACUCUGCUUUACCUUAUGUACUUAGUUGUCAAUUGUAGUGUCCGGAGUUCCGAUGUCAAAAAACGUUCCACUUACGCAAAACGCAACGCACUGUUUCUUUGCCUCACGCUGAUUUCUAGAAAUCCCCUAUAUGCAAAUAGGUCCACCACGGAAGGUUUGGCUCUUCAGAUCAGUUCCAGUCGGCCAAAGCGUUGAAGCCUAGAGUUGACGAGUUCUUGAGGACAGAAGUUAGAACAAGGUCAAGCAUGCUAAAAAAAGCAUUCUGAGGCAUAACACCAGGAGCGUAAAAGAAAUCAGCUCAUUUACAAUGACUCUAGUUCAUGUAUUGUUCAUGUGGUACCUUAUUAUUUCUUUGUAGGCGGAUGAGUUUAUGUUGGACAGCCUGAGAGAAGCUCUUAAUUUUGACAUUUCACUUUACACCCACCCGGUGUCGGUAGAAGUUCAAAAUCCAGCACAAAUAAACGAAAUUGUGGACAAGAUAACCUACCACAAGGUAAGAUGAGGUUUUUAACAUUUAAGUGGAACAGAACGAGACUAACGGAUGCAUUUUGUGGAUUAACGUUCUGAACAAACCAAACCACUGUAAUCCUCCUCCAUACCAAGCAAACCCUGAUUUCGGAGCCUCAAAAUUAUUGAUACUGUAUCACUAUUGCUGCUGAUAAAGACGUAUUUGAAAAUUGCCUUUAUGUGCAGUCUUUAUGUACAUGUUAGGAGACCUACAAAGACAAUUAGGUCGUUGGACGCCGCUUUCAUUCGGGAUAAUACAUGUUUGGGAUAGGUACAGCGUGCUGAUCGAAAGCAAUCUGAGUUCUUAUCUCUAGAAGUUUCAUCAAAAUAUAUCGUUAUUUAUUAUAGAAGCAACAAAUGAAAGUAUCAGCUUUUUAGUGAUUUGAUACUUCCUAAAAUUUAUUUGUUUUCACAGAGCUCUGCGCUAAUAAGAAUGAUGCAAAGCUUUCUUGGAGAUGAAACCCUUAGGAAGGGGAUCGAGGUAGGUUUCGCAGAAGGUUCUUUACGCAAUGAGAAUUUUUUCCUUCAGACUUUCUGAUCAAAUGGCAAAUAACGUCUUUCUUUCCUUCAUGCGAUACAGAUUUACUUACGAAAACAUCAGUUUGCUAAUGCAAAGGUCUCAGACCUGUGGAAAGCAAUGAGUGAGGUGAGAGUAGCGGCAAUUCCCAACUUGCUUUUUCUGCAAAAACAAUAACAACUUACAACAACAACAACAUCAACAACGUCUUAGGCGUGUUAAUGCGAUUUUGUGUCAGCUAAGGAGUGUGAUGUGGAGUAUUUUUCUACUCUACCACUGGUCUUAGAGAUGUGAAUAUUUCUUUUAGAAUAAUAGUAUUAAUUCUUUAAGAUAGGAACUCAUUAAACAGUAGUGACUUAGAGGUUAUGAAUUAAGCAGAUUAAGCAGUUUAUUCUCACUGUCUCUCGAUUAAUUUGCCAGGCUUCGGGAAAUUUGGUAGACGUUGAAACAGUGAUGGAGUCUUGGAUAAACCAAAAGGGAUUUCCUCUAAUAUCAAUUUUGAGAAACAAAGUCCAGAAAAAAGAUGGUAAACUGUCGUUCAUUGCAAAUCAGAAGAGGUUCUUGAGAGAUUUUACUACGGCAAAGCUGGAAAACGACCAAUCAAAGGAGUACGCGAUAGUUAUCAUUAACGUUUCUACAGUAAUGGUAAUUUUAAUUACUUGAGGCCUUCCUUCAAGGCUUUUCUUGACAAACACCCAAACUUGAGUUUAAAAGAAAGAGCAAGUACCCUUAAUUUCCUACUUAACUACGUUAAUUUAAGCAUAUGAAGAUGAAUAAACCGUAACAUGAUGAAUUUUAAUUCCCUGGUCCUUUUUUACCAGACUGGGAUGGUAUAUUCCGCUUACAUACAUUACUGAGGGCUCAGUCUGCUGUCCCAAAACUGUCUGGAUGAAUAAGACUUCAUCAGGUAGGAAAUUAAAAUAUACGUCAAGCUAACAAAUGAUUAAUAACUUCUGGUCUUAACAGUAAAAAUGAUAUGGGCAGCUAACCAUGGCCAUAAGUUAAAAUAUUUUUAUAGCAUUUUUAUCUAAAACAACCGGUUAAUAUAUUGUCUGUAACAAUAAGGCAGGAUAUUGUAUGCCCUGGUAUGACUUGAAAACAAACGCUUGUCAUAUAACACGUACUUUUUAUCCACAGUUACGUUCGAGCUUUCAAGCUACCCAUCUGGGUGGAUUAAGGCCAAUGUUGGACAAACUGCUUUCUUUCGAGUCAAUUAUGACGAGGAAAACUGGAAACGAUUGAGUCAGCAAUUAAUUCAUAAUCACACGGUACGUUUUAGGAGGCGUCUAAACAAACGCGAUCUCUCCAAGAAAAACGCGUAUUGUCCUUUUUGUUGACACUAACAGGAAUAAUACAAUUUACUGAAAAUGUUUUUAUUACGCAUUUUAUAGACGUUGAGUGAAUUAGACAGAAGUGGUCUAAUAGAUGAUGCCUUGAGCUUAGCAAGGUAACCCCAUUUAUGGCAAAUUUUUAUGUGUUUUAUGUUGAAAAUUCAGUGUAGUAUCACGUAAUUAUCAAAUGCAUAAGCCCUGGAUUUGCACUAUGAUCUUUCCAACAACUCGGCCUUUUUGCGUCAUUUUUCUUAUCAAUGAACCAAACACUAGUAACUAUGGUGUUACUUAUAGUCCUGCAACAGCAAAUCAACACCAGCUAUCAACUGAUGAAGAUCAAUAAUCAUAGCAGAGUGAGACAAACUAGCCCUGCUAAGGCAAGGUCAUUUUCACUUUUAGGCUGUUAACUUGAAAUCGCUUGGGUUCAACAUAACGCAAUGCUUUUUUCCAGGGCGGGUGUCCUUGAUUACCCCAUUGCCUUGCAUCUGACACAAUACAUAAGAAACGAGCGAAAUUACGUCCCAUGGGCCGUCAUGCUGCGUUCGUUGUCUUACAUUGACACAAUGCUCAGAUGGAGAAGAUCCUACAAGCUUUAUCAAGUACGUAAUUUCCGAAUAAGUAUAACUGAACCUUAAUUGACUGCAGUUAAAAUUAAGACUAAUGAAAAUGACCAACUGUCUUUUGAUUAAAUUCUGCCACGCGUUCUUCUAUCACUGAUGUUAGUUUCUGCGCUGUUGGCAGAAGAUAUUUUGUAACAUGUGUCGGCUGCGAAAUCAAUUACCGUAUUUAUUCGAAUAAGCGCUCAGCCUCGAAGUAGCAUCAUCCUAAAGGCAGAAAAAGUUAAUAAGCGCCCAACCUUCACCCACCCACUUGGGUGACAAUGAGAUUGUAAUUGAAUAAGUACUAAUAUAAAGGGAAUUUUAAUAACUUUGAUUGAUAAACGCUGUUCUCAUAAUAUUUUAUCUUAACUACCAAUGAAGUUACAUUGGAUGUCCCCAGUAGCCAGAAUAACCCACACCCUUCGUGCUUUUUGCAAUACUAAUUGUUUCCUUUCGAUUAUAUUACUUUUUUUCAUCCUAACAAGCAAUUCAUAGUGGAAAAAUUGAAACCACUCAAGGAUUCUUUAGGAUGGGAAGAUUCAGAUGCACUAGUUGAUAGGUCAGUAUGAGGCAAGAUUUGUUAUUUUUUCUUGACAGCAUCAUGAUCAGUGACCCAUAAUUCUUUAAUCUGCUUGUUCAACACAGUGUUAGUGAUUGAACACAGCCGAAAUCAGUGGUUUCCCAGCGAAAUGACGUCCGAGGAACGAGCGGAGAAAUUCUACACCGAUGAUGUAUCACUACCCAGAUCUAAGUAAAACUCCACUGAUGGGUCGUGCCGCGUGGGAAAUUUGUUUCGACUAAUCAGAAGCAUCGCCCGGAUCCGGUUAGUAAUACAUCAUCAGUAUGGAAUUUCUGCGCUCGUUGCUUAGAGGUCCUUUGGCGGGAAAACCAGUGGUGGCCUCACGAAAUGUUGGCUGUUUUCUCAGGCUAUCAUAGUGUUCGAAGACGUCAUAUUCUUAUCGUGGAACGUAAGGCUGUACACUCAAUUCUCUCUUAACGGACACCUCUCUAAGACGCACACCUUGUGUUGGUCACUGCCGUUUUACAGCGGUCAUUUUAGUGUAGCUAUACUCCCUACAAGACGGACACUUCUCUAAGACGGACAACGGAGGAAGGUAUCUGUCUUAGAUAGAGUUUACUUUUGAGGAUAAUUGUUAGGUCUUGUAAUUCAUAUCCCCUAAAAAGGCCACCGUUCCUUCUAUCAUUUGGGUACAAAAAUACGUUUUAUUUCUCUUUUUUCAGGAUUUUCCGUGAACUAGUAGUUUCUACACUCAGUUUUCACGAUGAUGAAGACACCGUGAACAAAUUAAAGCUGUUAUUCAGUAAUUGGAUGAAGACAAAUGGGUAUGUGCGAUCAAGCAAAUCCCUUUUUGAACAUUUUCAAAUCGUUUUGUACGAUAGCCUUCCUUUUUUGUCUCUCUCCUCCGCAAAGGCUCCCACUGGGCAUCGCAAUGAAGAAGAUGCAAUAAUCGAAAAAUAGAAAGCAUGCCUCGCUUCUUCUCUUUCCCAUCGUGCCCCACGCGCCUGCUUUUUCCUUCUCCCCAGCGUCCCUACAACACAAACCUCUGUGGAGGAGAGAGAUUUUUUGCCGAAAUCAAAGCGACCCUCAACCAAGGUGAUUACCGUACAGGUUUUUUUAAAAUUACUCAAACUCUGUAAAAUUUAAAGUACAUGUCUUGCUUUCGAUAACUAAAAUGAAAAUAUGGUGUCCAAUAUUAGCAAAAAAUCGGGUCAACUUUUUCAAGUUAAACUGUGUUAUCGAAAAUAUGCCAGAUUGAUUGUGAUAGAGCAUUCCCGAGGUCCAAGAACUCUCACUUUCAAAACGAGGCCAAAUGCAAAACCUUUCUUGUGCAAAUGAGUUAUAUUUGAAUGAGAAUAAAAAUUUAUUUUCAUAAUGGUUUCGCACUUAGCCUCGCAUUGAAACUGAGAUUUGAGGCAACUCGAAAAUAGCCUCUUUGGUUUUCCUUGGAAAUAAAAAUUAAUGAGUAUAUUGUUUUUCUUUUCUUCCAUUUUGAUCAACAAAAACGAAUCUCAUCAUGACUGUGACCUUUAAUUUGCCAUUCUUCCAUAAAUGAGAUUGCUUCUUUUCUUAUUUCCAUAGCAUGUACAGUUUUUACCCCAAAAUUUUUUAUGCUUUCAGAACUCAGUCAGUCCCAUCGCAUCUUCGGAAGACAAUGUACAUCGCUGCUGUAAAGUAUGGAGGAGAAAGAGAGUGGGAAUUCUUCUGGAGAAAAUACAAGCAAUGUAAGAAUGCCGCGCAGAGGGAAAAAAUUAUCACCGCCCUUGGGUCAGCUAAAAGCAAACAACUUUUACACAGGUAUGGGGUUUAAAUCUUGAAGAAAAACAAUUUUCGUUUCUUGUCAAUUAUCAGAGGCAUCCAACGGGUAUUUUUGUUGAAAUAUCUGUUCAGAAGGAAGGUUGGCUAUAAUCAUUUUCGAAUAUUCGACUUUCUAUUUCGACCAUGUCUCUGAGUAAACUAAGAUUUUCGACCUUUUCCUGAACAGAAUUCCUAGAUAUUUCGGAAAUUGUUUGAAGCGCGGCUUGGAAUCUCGAAACUGCAUUAAAGACUGCUGGAAUUAUGACCUUAAACUUUCGGUAGAAAGGUUGUAUUUUAGCAGGGCAAUUCUUGAGAAUGCUCAUAUAUGAGAUUUAGAGUGCUCUAAUAGGAAGAAACAUGAAAUUUUAGAUUCUUUUAAAAUAAGAUACGGGCCCUCCUUUUGACCAACAGAUAACAGAUAGUUGUUUGAUGAGCGGGUGGCAGUAUGUUGUCUUUCGCACUUCUUUCGUUUUUGCCUUUUCUGCAUUCUCUAUUAGAACGUUGAGUUUUGUCCACAUAACUGUGCCUUUUUUUUUCAACUGCGCUUUUUAAUCUAUUGUGUGUACUUAGUUGUCGCAUUAUGACAAGGUUUUCAGUCAAACGGAGUCGAAUGGAAUUUCGAACCCAGUGACUUCGUUACUCUUCUCCAGGCGAACACGCCAGUGAUCCUUGGUGCCGAUCAAAAGCUCGCAGCCUCUGGGAACGAUAUUGAAUCGAAUGUUACCUUCCUUUAAUCGAUAGAGGAGAACUUGCGUAGUCGGUUUUUUUAGUCAGCGAAGAAAAAACUCACAGCAACACCUCCACCUAUAAAGGUGGCGACCGUUCAGCAACCCCAUAAAAAAAAACCGGCUGCAUAGGAAAGUGAUUAAUUCAAUUUUAUUUUUAGGUUGCUGAAGCACGCUUUAGAUGACAAAAUAGUACGCACACAAGACAUGAUUCAAAUCAUCGGAACUGUAGCAAGCAACACCAAAGGUCGCCUUUUGGCGUGGAAAUUUUUUAAAAGGAACCAUGAGAAAAUUACUAAACGGUAAGGUGGGCAAGAAAAAUAGAUAACCUCGUCUUUUUCCUCCUUCUCUCUCCUCCGUAGAAGUACGAGCGCGAGGGGAACGCUAGGAAAGGAUCAGAAUUUAUCAUUUUCACUUUGCACAUUUUCACAUUUUCACAUACACCCCAUGUACUAUCCCCCCCGGUAUUUUUGCAUAAGCAUUGUUCUCAAGUUCUUCCGAGACAACCGUAAUACCCAGGAUAAGCAGGAAACAAUGUUUGUGCAAAAUUUUGGGGUAAACACGGUGUAUUAUCGGCAUCCUGUCUUCUGUCUCCUAUGAGGUAUUUUUUGCAUCUCUAAAACUUGCUUAGUCUGGGGUCAGGAGAAACUGUGUUUGAAGUUCUAAAAUAUAAACUCCUGGACCUGGUUAUCCGAUGGAUAGAGUUAUCAAACGUUUGAACAACUGGGCCAGAUGCUGUACCACUGAGCUACAGAAGAAUCAGUGGGAGAGAAGGCCACUAUGGUGUUACCAAUCAAAUGAAACCUUUUUGGCAGAACCUUUUCCAUGGUACCAGUUAUUUCUUAGAAUUUUUAUAAAAAGGAAGCUCGAAUCUUUCGAAAUUUUCACCUUGGCGAUAAUUAGAAGUGAAAGGGUUAGGUCACAUGCAAGUAGUUAGUUUUCGUCUUUCUCUCGAUUCAGAAUUUAUUCUUAAUUCUUCAGGCUUGGUAAAGACUCAAGAGCUGUUAUGUUUUUGCUGGAGAGAGUGACAGAGAAUCUCAAUACCGUAAAACUCUUGAAAGAGGUAAAGUUAUGAAACCAGACAUUACAGUGACACUCGCCAGAAUAUCUGCAACGUAGGUUUGAUAUCAGCUGUGAUAUUCUUCUUACUGACGCAUUUAUCUCCAAAACCCACGAAAUCUGAGACGAUUCACUGCAUUGUUGACACUAACUGUUUAAAAUUAUCUGCAGGUCAAGGAUUUCAUUCAGACACAUCACUCCAUGUCUUCGCUUCAAUCUAACAAGAAAAUACUUGAAACAGUUAAGUGUAACAUUCACUGGAUGGCCACAAAAUUGACGUCCGUGGAAAAUUGGUUGGAGGGUCGAUAUCGAAGACAACAUCAAUUACAAUAG